CAAGGAGACAGAGAGAAACAGAGAUGGAAGAGCAGAAAGAGAAGAAGAAGCAGGUGAUGAGUUCGGAAGCGAUGGAGAAAAUAUCGGAGAGGCUAUCGUGUUUGGAGAACCUGUACUUCCCACGCGCCCUCCAAUCCACCGCCACUCUCCCUUCCCAGCGCAAGCAAAUCUUCCGCGACCUUCUCUCCAGAGACGUUCCUCUCUUCUUAGAACGAUAUGGUUCUGAGCUUAUUAGCGAUGAGCUGGGAGAGUUUGAUUCCAUGAAAGACGACUAUGAGGUUAAUUGGCAUCUAAAGAGGCUUAGGAGCAUAAUGAGCCCAACUUCGGAGGAGUUGAGGAUGCGGUCAGUGACCGUGAAGAACCGAAGGCGGGCUUACUUGGAUAAAUUGGUGUAUGAUGGGCAUUACUUCUCCGAAGACGCCAUGAGGGAAAGGGAGCCUUACCUGCACCAUGAAUAUGUUGGGAAGUUUCAGGACCAGAGCAGCAGGGGCAUGGCUAGGCCCGGGGAGCGCUGGUCUGAGACUUUAAUGAGACGAUGUGAGGAAGCUGAGCUGGUUGCCAAGAUUAGAGGGGAGCAGCAGAGGAUGGGUGUGCCCGAAAGGGACUGGGUCUUAAACUUUCUUAACCUGUUUCAAUCUUACACAUGCAAAAUCACUAGACACUUAAGUCAACCCGAUAUAAGUGAUGAUGGUGUUGCUUCCGAUCCAGCCAGAGAGAGUCAGGAAUCAUCUCUAUCCGCAGAAGAGCUGGAAGACCGCAUGAACCAAUUUACGUACAUUAUGCAGCAGAAGUUCUUAUUAGGGGAAGAUCAUGAACAUCUGGAUUACACUAAGAUAGAUAAUGAUGAGACCCUUGAUGAUCACUGGAUGAGGGAAGCCAAUAUUGAUGCGGAGGAGAGAUACUUUGCUGAUGAUUAAACACUAAGCAUCUUAACUUUGUAUCAGGGAAUCAGAUGUGUAGAUAUUGCAUAAUCUUUGGUAGAGAUUUUGUUUUCUGGUAAGAACAUCUCACCUUGGUGUCUGUGUAUAUAAGUAUAUUUAACUAGAUGUGUGUUUUCAAUAUUAUAGCUGAGACAGUUCUACACAUAUCAAAUUUCCUUUGCUAUUUUAAUGCAAGGAUUUUGUAGUUUACUCGUGGAAUAUGAAUCAUCUGCAACAUGUUUUGGCCAUUGUGUU